CACACACACAUGCACGGACACGAGCGGUGAGAGAGCGAAUCCAACAUGGCUGAAGCGGAGGAAAGCGAGCUAACUUCUGGAGGAAUUUUCCAGGAGAUUUUCACCUCCCCGUUGAAUCUGACGCUGCUGAGCCUCUGCUUGUUCCUCCUCUACAAAAUCUUCCGCGGGGACAAACAGCCAGACCUCGGCGAGGUGGAGCCACAGCUGCCCAAACUGAAGAAGAGAGAUUUUACCCUCGCAGAUUUGAGUCCCUACGAUGGACUGCAAGAUCCGAGGAUCCUCAUGGGUGUCAACGGGAAAGUGUUCGACGUGACCCGGGGAAAGAAGUUCUACGGACCAGAGGGGCCGUACGGAGUGUUUGCAGGCAAAGACGCAUCCAGAGGUUUGGCUACGUUCUGCCUGGAUAAGGAGGCUCUGAAGGACGAACAUGACGACCUGUCCGACCUGAACGCCAUGCAGCAGGAGAGCCUGUCUGAGUGGGAGUCUCAGUUCACCUUUAAGUACGACUAUGUGGGUAAGCUCCUGAAGCCGGGCGAGGAGCCCACGGAGUACACCGACGACGAGGAAGGAAAGGACAAAAAGACAGACUAGAAGCUGAAACGUGACCAAGAAGGAAACACAGAUAGAUGCCUUAAUGUUUCUGUGAAGUUUUGAUGCCUCCCGUUAAAACCAUUUCAAACAUUCUCAUAUUUUUGGACCAUCAUGAUACUGGAUUUUACAAGCUGACUGAAUCGAUUAAUGUAAAUUUAAAGGGCAAUAACAAUGAUAUAAAUAUACACCACAUACUGAUGUAGAGGCGUGUAGUGCUGUUAGAGUUUAAAUCCUGUCAACUUGAUCCUCAGAUUGGCUUGUUAACGGACCAAUUCCAGCAUAUAAUGAAGUGACCGAUGGUCGAACGCGCUAUAAGGAGAACUGUUUUUAAUAUCCACAGCUCUGUUGUAAACUUUGUUCAUAUCACUGAAGUACGUAUUGCAGGUUGUACACAUUCCUUCACAAGGGUCGGCUCAGCUCACAAUGAAAUGAAUCAUCUCAGGAAGUAGCGUGGUUUAAAGUGAAAAAAUAAAAUAACGGACUGGAGCCAGAGGACGGAUUCAAAUAGAAAUAAAAAUGCUGUAUUUUUUUUUUCAACCUUGGUGUAACUAUCAAAACUCACCCUGUGCUGAUCACAGGUCUCGCUAACUGUGCACUAGCCAUCUCUAUUAUUAGAAUCAGGGACUUUUUUUUUGUCUCUUAUGAUUUUAUUCAAUAUAUCAAAUUAAGUAUAUUACGAAAAUACAAAAAUAAAUGACGUAUAAAGCAUGCAGAAAGAUUCAUAGUUGAUUGAAGGAAACAACAAGGGACAAAGAAGAAAGGAGGCAACUUCUAUAAAAAAAAAACAACCACCAAGGCACCCCGUGUAGGACACUAAAUUAAAGUCAAUAACACCAGUACUCUAAGUUAGAGCAAGAAGCAUGGAACUCUGUCACUAUUUAGUAUAAACGUACAUUUACCAUGAAUCAUUUGAAACCUUUGUCUGCGAGAGCCAGCUCACUUAGCUGUCAAAAACAAAGCUUUCUUUGCUCAAAUUUCCUCAAUUCUUCACUUUCUGUCGGACUCUCAGAUCAGCCUUUGUGCCGAUCCCCUCAAGUCCUUUACAGUGGUAUCCCUUUUUGUAUGUAGAGCACACGUGUUAUGAUGUAGUGCAAAAAUGAUAUCAUACAAUGAAAUAGGAGCAGGUGCUGCACAUACAGUAGACACAAAAUUAUCCUUCAACGCCUUUAUGGCACUGAUAUUCAAUUUGUGUCCACCAAAACACUAAAAAAAAAUAACACGGCAAGUGGCUGCGUUUUCUGAGCCUCUACGAUGAAAACAGCAAGAGUUAUAAUGACCAACCCUCAGGACAGAAAUAAUGAUUAUAAUAAACUCCAGUCUAACAGUUGAAACAGCAGCAGCACUGCUUACUGAACAGAGAGCAGAUGAGCUGAUGUAAAAAAUCUUUAGAGUUGAACACUGUCUGCUCACACACACAUGAACAGAUCUGUACAGAACAUUUCUACGAGUCAAAUCCUUCUGACUUUAUUCACCUUUGUUUAAUGUUUUUCUGCUCUUAAUACAGUAACAUGAAGAUGACAUACAGAUGUUUGUGUCAUUUAACACCAUCCAAUGUAUCUGCUUAUCUCAGCCUCCCGUCCAAUAACACACUUGAUGUUUUUAAAUUAACAGGUUUUAUUCAGUUUUAUCUGAAACUUUUACUACGAAAUGACAAUCGAUGUUAUUGUACCGAGAGGCCCACAGUGGUGAGGUCGUGUGAUGUCAAGUAUCCGACAUUUGACAAUAACUUUUUAAUCAAUGAACUAUUAAAAAAAGUCAAAAUAUAUAUAACCAGUGUUGAGUUUUAGUGUCUCAUAUGAGAAUGUUUUGCUGCUCUUCUUUUCUCAAUAGAAGCUGAAUUACUUCAGAUUUGAGGCUGUAGGUCAGGAGAGUCAUGUGUAAUGAUUUUUAUCCAGGGGGAAAAAAAGAAAAUGACAGAAUACAAGGCUCCUUAUUCAUGUACAGCGAUGUGUCCCACUGCUGUAGUUCAUUACACCGUGAGUAGAGGAGAUGUCACAAAGUUCAUAGUUCAAAGAUAAAGCAUCAAAUUAAAGAUUAGAGAGUCUGAACUGAAGCCAGUUAAUGUUAUUUUACACUUUCUUCAUUUCUGUUAUUCACAUUUUCCGCACUAAAUCAUCAAUUCAAACAUUUACUGAAAGUUCAGUCAGAGGACUCUGAAGCACAGAAUGUGUAGAAGUUCAGAGGUUUAAAAGGUUUUUACCACACAGUUUGAUUUAACCCUGAACAUGAGGGCAUUCAGUCCAACAUUAUUAGAUAAUAACACACGUUUAAAUGCCCCCUCCAAGCAUUAAUCUGCAAUAUUUAACGGUCUAAGGCUGCAAAUGAAAAGACCUUGACAUCCACAAAUGUGUUAAUAAAAUGCUCCAGAAACUCUUUUGUUCAUGUUCACUUUGAACUUUGACGUUAAGUGGAAGAAGUUUCUAUUUUUCUGACUAAAGAAACUUUGCUAUGUGAAAACAUCUGUUUGUAUUUUUUCUAAACCACGACUGUUAGUCUCCCUAAAACAUGUUUAAUGAGGGAACAGCUUCAUAAUGUACAAACGCAAGCUAAGUGUCAUAAUACUUUUUGCUUAAAAUGAAGUUUUGAUUUAAUAAAGAAAACUGUAGAAUGAA